CUUUUCAUUCGUUUCGGCAACACUUCCUCUUCGAGAAGGAACUCAAAUUUAAGUGCAGCAGCCAUGCUCAACUCCUUGGCCAAAAGAAUUGUGCUGAUGCCCAGCCUUAUAGCACUGGAGGAUGCUAGUCGAGCUAUUCACGUUACCGCGCUCUUGGCGAGGAUGGGGAAGGAUUGCUGUCCCGAGAGUGAGGUGCCCGGCUGCAAAGUGGUGAAGAGGCGGCCGUGCAGUCCCACGGACCCACCAGUUCGUCCUUGCAGCGAGCAGGACUGUACUCCGCCGCGAUACCCAUGUUGCGUGAGUACCAGCAUUGCGAGUAAUCCAUGCGCCGAGCCGAGAAAGAAGGCCAAGUUCGCCUCCAUGUGGAAGAGCUACAAGGACAAAGGCAUCGAGCGGCCGGAAACUAUGUGGCACUACCCGGAGGAGUGCUGUCCGAAAUGUGAGGACACGCGCUUUGACGUUCUGUACUACACUCCUUCGGACAAGUGCCGCGAGUUCCAGCGCACCUGGUGGGAGUGCUGUCCGCGAAUGGUACCGAAGCGAGUCUGUUGCUGGUGCGACGCCAUUCCGCCGCAGGUCCUGCGCCGGGAUCUGCCCAUCUGCCCGCGAUCCUCUUGUCUCCAGGAGCACGAAAGGAAGCGCUACAAGUGCCUAAACGAAAGGUACAAGGGUUGCAUGCGCAUCCGUAUGCCGUGUUGCCGAACGGCUCGCAUACCGCCCGACUGCAAGGCAAUGCGUACUCCUUCCGACUGCGAGAAAGUCAAGUGCCCGUUCCCCAGUUACUCCGAGUGCCUUCAGGAGGAUCCCGCUGUUAUCCCCAUGCGACCACCGGAGUGUGAGUGCCUGAAAAAGGCGUCUACCUGCGAGCAGAUCCGACGAGCAGAGCACAUGGAACACAACAACAUAAGCAUAUGGCCCUGUUCCUCCAGGGGAUCGUGAAGAUGAAGACCACAACUGAUGGUUCCGGUAACUGUGGUCUCCGUUGGGAUUUCUGAAACCCCUCAUGUAACAGAAAUCCCUACGGAGAC